CUGGAAAAAGAAACUUGGGAAACAACAACCCUACAACACAUUCCAAAUAUGGAUGUAUUUAGAGAACAUUGCCAAUUUUUUUACUCACAUGUGUAGUUGUUACACGUCCAAGAGCCUUACACGUAGGAGAAGACACAGCGUGAAUUAAAAUAGUCCUUCUAUCAUAAUAAUGGAGUUCUGUGGAGUCACAAAGAAUGGAUCGCAGCAAGAGCCGUGUUCGUGCAUCCUCGCAAAUAUGGAUGAAGACGAUGUGGUCAUGCAUGAUGUUGACUGCAGUUACUGUGAUGGAGGCUUUUUAGAGACUGCUUUUCUUGAGGAUAAUGAGUGUGACGGCGGCUCUUGCCUGUUGUUAGAUGAUGUUGAAUGCACAGCUGAGGAAGAUGAUGCCAAAUACAGGACAGAGGAGAAAGGGAGUGUGAGGUGUGAGGUUUUGGAAAGUAAGGAAGCCCAGCUGGACAAAGACAUAGCUGCACUGCAGACAAACAAUGUCAGAAUACUACAGCGUUUUUACGAAGUCCAAGACGACAGAAAGCAGGCGGAAUGGAGGGAUGAGGGAUGGCGGAGGAACACUGUCUCCCUCAGGGUGUCAUUUUCACCACUGAAUGGACAUCGCUCUGUGUUACUGGUCGAAAAGAAGAAGAAGAAGAAGAAGAAGAAGAAGAAGAAGAACAGAAGAAACAACAGGGAGGUGAUCAUUAUGGGCAUGAGCACCACACCUGAUGUGGGAAUGAUAGACGUAGCCUCGUCCCCUCGUGAACGGUCCCCUCGUGUUCUCGUCUUCUCUUCCUCCUGGGUCCUCAUCUGUGUGCUGGAGGCACCUCCGGGUCGCUGCUGGAGUCUAUUCUUAACACACACACACACACACACACACACACACACACACACACAGGCUUGCAUUCUGAAGGUCCCACCUGACACUGCUGUCUGAUAUUUGCAAGAUUUGAGCAACCAACAAGGGGCAGAUAAUGUCAAGAAAGCCCCAGGGACCGUUCUUCACACCAGGACAAGCAGGGAGUCUGACAGAUUCUGGCCCCUGGCCCUCUACGCCAGCUCAGUGUAAACAACAGCUCCAAGGCAAUCGGAAGGCAAACUCCUGUUAUUCCUUCACAGAAACAGCAGUGCCUCUGCCUGCCCCAGGGUGUUUUCAGAUCACAGGUUUACUGUGUCAUAUUAGAACUGUAUUAACAGGAUUUUUUGAAUAACGUAAAAACUAAAAAAAGAUAUACUUUUUAAAAAUCUUAAAAAAAUAUGAAAUGGAUCAUUUUGUAAUAACCUAUGGUAGCAUAUGCACUCACAAAUAUGAAACACUUCCACUGACUUCUGUUGCUGAAACUUCGGAGAUCAGUAAAUGCCAUGUGCUUCAGACUUAUCCAACACCACCACAAGCUGUUCAGUUACCUCUGAAAACCUUACGGUGCUCCCAAUGGUGCAUUUGGGGUUUCAAAUGUCAUCUCAUCUCAUGUCAUCUAUGCCAAAUAUUCUCCUGGAACAGAUCAGCAGAGGUCAUAAACCGCCUUCCUUUAACUCCCCUUCAUAAAAAUUCAAGCAACGAAUGCAACAAGGUUAGCUCGAGACACGCACAUUCCUUUUAUAUACACACUUUUUACAGACAUUUAGAACAAAUAACAAUUAGGGAUUCAGUACAAAAGCCGUUGAAUAGCUUUUAGAAACCAACCAGCCAUAGCUGUCCCUGUAAUGAAGAUUAAAGUUGAACCACAAUUCAAGUAUUAAUGGAAAUUAAGACAUUAAGGAUAGUAUAGUUUCCUUGUUUAUUAUUUUCCCUUGUCACAUAACUGUAUUUUAGCCAUAGGUAUUCAAGGCCUCAACACCUUGCAUGAUAACAGCAGAAGUCAUUGCAUCAAAUGCAAGACUUGGGUUUUUAAUCUGACUUGAAACUAAGAAUAGAGACUAAGCAUGUAUUCACAGUCCUCUGCCUAACACGCCUUCUAGACUUCAUGUUUCCAUAUUCAGUACCUUGUAAAUCUCCAUAAUGGUGGUCAUGAUUGUGACCGUUAUUGAAUUUUGCUCUGGGUGCAGGGAGUCCAUCGUGGACCGUUGUCAUGGUGAGGAGGAGACGGCUCCACCUGCUGCAGCAGUUUCACGUGCUUUGAUCAAUUAAAUGAGAAACCUUGAAUACAUAAUUGAUCACCAUGUGUAUUUGUACGCAGUAGGAAUACACUACAGCAUGUUACAAGAUACAUAAUAACCACAAGCUGAAGAGUUGUCAGAUUUAUUUCCACUACACUAUUUAGAUUUAGUCAUUUAGACAUUCAUGCCCAACAUAAUGUCCAUAGUUCAUGUUGUGGCACAACCUAGUCGCUGAAGACUGUCUAAGAGUUUCCAUUUUCAGGUGUGUUCAGGUUCUUUACACUCAAAUAUCAAAGUCUCAUCGAGAUCAAAAGGCAAUCCAUAGUAGCAUGGUCUUCCUUUGAUAUGUGCCCCUCCCUUUCUCCCUCUCUCUCUCUCCCUCCCUCUCUCUCUCUCUCUCCCUCUCUCCUCCCCAUCUGCUUCUUUUCACUAUAGAAGACUUGGAUUCGAAAUCCAGUUCAGUUACUGCAGUUUGAAUUGGAAAAAGAUAUGUAUUAGCUUACCUUGAGCAUGACAUUGUAAUGCCUGAUCUGCUGCUACUGGCAAGAGGCAACUGUGAAGCUCCAAUAGCUUACAUGGAAACAUCCUAACUAUAUCACAUACAGCAUAAAGAUACAAAGAUAGAAUCAUAUGUAAUAUUUGCAUGUGACCGCCAUUCAGGAAAAAAAACCUCAUGCUCUCCUGUUGUUGGCUA